UUUGAAUGCCUUUGGGACCAAAAUUGAUGUUUACCCCCAAACAAAUCAUAAACACGCAAUUUUACGAAUACAUCGCCAUUACUCAUCGCUCUCUCUACUCUCACUCCAUUUUCUCUCUCUCUCAACUUUCCUUCUCUGUGCUCUGCUAUCAUUUAUACAAGUGGUACAGCCUGUGGACUGCGACAAAUUAACUAACCGACAUUCGUUGAGCCCGCAUCAGUCUACAUCAACGUGCGCCGCGGCCUGCGUAUCGUGCGCCGCCGGCGUGCAGUCGCCAAUGAGUAGAUUGUCGGCAGCCGUUGUUGUACUGUUUGUUGCUUUGACUGCAAUUGCGGCACCGUUUUCUGCAUCGGCAGAUUCGCAAUUGGUCGGCCACGGCGCGGUUUCCGCCGCUAAUGCCACACUGGCCGAGUCGAGUGGAAAUAAGACUCGGCCGAAGGAGGACACCUUUGCUGAUAUGAUCGAUCGGGCCCUAGAGAAGGAAUUCACCGAGAAUGAGGAUCAGAACGAAGCAAAUGAUGCUGGUAGCUUCAACAAUAGUGUCGCGGAGCAACAGGCAGUAUUGGAAACAGUCGCUAGAGUAAAGACAAAGAAGAAUGAAACAAAGGAGGAGAAAUCGUUUAAACUUCAUCAUGUUUUUAAUCUGGAUAAUGACAAUGGAGCUGAAGAGACACCUACAUUGAUUGAUAGAAAGGAUAAUGUGUUUAUCAUAUCAAAUUUCAAAUCUAAAUUUCCAGUGUUGCAGUUAGACUUGAGGCUCAUAUCAGAUCUGGUUGUUGUCAUUGUGUCUGCAACCUGUGGUGGAAUUGCUUUUGCUUGUGCUGGACAACCGGUAAUUACUGGAUACUUAUUAGCAGGAUCAGUUGUUGGACCUGGAGGGUUUAAUGUUGUCAGUGAAAUGGUGCAAGUUGAAACAGUGGCUCAGUUUGGUGUAAUUUUCCUUCUUUUUGCUUUGGGCCUGGAAUUUUCCACUACAAAGCUUCGAGUUGUUCGUGCUGUUGCAGUUCUUGGAGGCUUACUUCAAAUUCUCCUUUUUAUGUGCCUGUGUGGAGUUAUAGCAUCGCUGUGUGGUGGUAAUGCAUCUGAGGGGGUAUUUGUUGGUGCAUUUCUAUCCAUGUCAUCCACAGCAGUGGUAUAUAAAUUUUUGAUGGAGAGAAACAGUACAAAUGCUCUUCAUGGUCAAGUUACCAUUGGCACUCUCAUUUUGCAGGACUGUGCCGUGGGCUUACUAUUUGCCCUGCUUCCAGUGCUGGGUGGAACUUCAGGUGUUAUGCAGGGAGUAAUGUCCAUGACUAAAUCGUUGGUGGUAUUGCUGGCUUUCUUGGCAGUUUUAUCGAUUAUGUCGCGGACCUGUGUGCCUUGGUUCCUGAAACUUAUGAUAAGUUUGUCAUCUCAGACCAAUGAACUUUAUCAAUUGGCCUCAGUUGCAUUUUGUCUACUCGUAGCCUGGUGUAGUGACAAGCUUGGCCUUAGUCUUGAAUUGGGUUCAUUCGCUGCGGGAGUGAUGAUAUCAACAACUGAUCUUGCUCAGCAUACGCUUGAACAAGUUGAACCUAUACGCAACCUAUUUGCCGCUCUUUUCCUGGCUAGCAUUGGGAUGCUGAUCCAUGUUCAUUUUCUGUGGAAUCAUGUUGACAUCUUGCUGGCAUCAGUUAUACUGGUGGUCAUUGUUAAAACUGCUGUAAUUUCUUUGGUUGUCAAGGGAUUUGGCUACAGCAACAAAAUUUCAGUUCUUGUUGGGAUGUCUUUGGCACAAAUAGGGGAAUUUGCAUUUGUGCUGCUCAGUCGUGCUUCUAAUCUCCGUCUUGUUGAGGGGAAGGUGUACUUGCUGCUUCUUGGAACAACAGCUCUCAGUCUGGUAACCACUCCAUUGCUUUUCAAGUUAAUACCAGCUGUUGUGCACCUUGGCGUGCUUUUAAGAUGGUUCUCACCCGACAGUCAAACUGAGCUGGGAUUUAGAGGUGAAAAUCUCCGUACAGAUAGUGCUAAACAGAGAAUUGCUCUUAUAUCGAAGGAUCUGUUGCUGCAUGAAGGAUGACAAUACAAUGAACCAUACAUUUUACCCUCUGAAAGUUUUUGAUGUGUAAAUAUAAUUGGACGAAAGGUUGAUUAGUUCAACGACUUUUUAUGUGUUCUUCUAGCAGCGCAUCCAUACAAUCUCUCUUAUAAGUCCAAGUAGAGAAAGACAAACAAGUACAAACCUGAAGACUUGCUAGGAGUUAGUCUAACUGCUAGAGCUGCUAACAAUCCGAAGCAUCACCUUGAGUCGGGAUAAUGCUACUGGUAUUGUGAUUUCCUUUUGUAUUCUUUCCAUUCUUGUAAAAUAGUCUUCAGCUAAUCGAGACAAAUCCUUUUCACAUUGUCAUUUUAACCAUUUAUGUAUCGUCAACUUGUAGAGUUUUGUUAUGUAUCACCUACAUUUACUUCAUGAACCUAAUGCUGUACAAAUGCUGAGAUUACCAAGACCAACGGCUCAUUUGCUUGUAAACAAGAAGUU